UAAAAUUGACUAUUUCUUGACAGUGGUUCCCAACGAGGAGCUCAUUUACUUAGAGCAUUAUAUUCUCCCUCCUUCCCACCCCGGCUCCGAGGAGAUGGUAGAGUCCACUUCCUGUUUUUAAAACUACCGGGGAUCUCGCGAUGGAAGAAGGAGGGACACCCCCAGAAACACUUAAAGAAGAAAGGCAGUCAGGAUGUGUUCCAUCUACAAGUCUUGAGGGCAACAGUUUGAAGAAAAGCAAUUGGGGGUUCUUAUUUACUGGCAUUGUUGGGGGGACGCUGGUGGUCGUGUAUGCUGUGGUCACACCGUUUAUAACACCAGCCUUCCGAAGAAUCUGUUUGCCUUUUGUACCUGCAACUGCAAAGCAGAUUGAAAAUGUUGUGAAAAUGCUGCGAUGCAGGAGAGGAGCCCUGGUAGACAUCGGUAGUGGCGACGGACGUAUCGUAAUAGCAGCUGCAAAGGAAGGAUUCACAGCUGUGGGUUAUGAAUUAAACCCCUGGCUCGUCUGGUACUCCAGAUACUGCGCUCGGCGGGAAGGGGUGCAGGCAUCGGCCAAAUUUUACAUCUCAGACUUGUGGAAGGUCACUUUUUCACAGUACUCAAAUGUUGUUGUCUUUGGCGUGCCCCAGAUGAUGCUGCAGUUGGAGAAGAAGCUUGAGCUUGAACUUGAGGACGAGGCUAGAGUCAUUGCUUGCCGGUUCCCCUUCCCACACUGGACCCCGGCCCAGGUCACAGGGGAGGGGAUAGACACCGUGUGGGCCUACGAUGCCAGUUCUUUCAGGAGAAGUAAGAAAAGGCCCUGAAGAUCCGUGCAUUUCGAGUUGGUCAUUCAAAUAUAAACUUUAUCCAGAGAGUUUUCUGAAGUGUUGGGGGUCUUUGAUUUUAUAGAGACUUAAGGCUGUGUCUUCAGCAAAGAGGAUAUUUUUCCUUGUUAUGGAAUGAGAAAUUAUGAUUGCUUUCCUUAACUUUUGGAGAAAAUAAACAGAAGUUGAGAACA